GCGUGUGAAUUUUACUCAUUUUUACUCAAAUCACAUACCGUAUACUUCGUUAAUAUGGCGGUUAACAUUGCUGCGUUUAACACUGAUUCUUUAGUAACAGCCAGCCCAUACCACAUUCCUGGAUAUGGGGGCUACAUUCCACAAAGGAAGUACAAGAUUGGGGGCACCUUUAGCAAGACAACUCACGAAAUUCUCACAGACAAGGACAACAGUUCCGGAAACUUGGUUCUUUGCAAGAUUGAGCCGGUAAAAGAGAAAACUCCUCAAUACCGAAGCAACUUGGUUCCCGGAUACACUGGCUACAUUCCUAAAGGAGAGCACUGGUUCGGACUACCCUACGUUACGGCAUGCAGCUACGCUAAGGGGGACCACCACAAUUCACUCACUACUCAAGCUAAGGAGAGACAGCGAAUCUUGGAAAACAGGCUUCGCGCCGUACCUUUAAAUCCGGUCAAUUGUUCAGCUGACGCUUUUGUCAGCAAAAAGAACUCAUACAGGACGCACACGAUCGACUAUCACAUCUCCGGCUACACUGGAUUUCUUCCCAUGUCUCGAAACAAGAUCUCUAUGGGUUACCCCUCAAUGACGAAGCAGGCCAUAGCUGACUACCGUGAGAAGGAGCGCCAGCAAGCUGCGAUGAAAAGCCACGUCCCCUUCCUCGGAAAACCGGCGGAGAAGCCGGUGCUAAACCGAAAAGUCCUUUAUCCUGCGGACAGCGGGAUGGUGCCCCACUACACUGGCCAUAUCCCCGGCGAAAAGUUUACGUAUGGGAACACCUUCGGGACGAGCACCAAUGUGGCUCUCAAGACUAUGCACAACCAGACUGCUAAGUAGGAGCUGUCAUCAAUCCGCUGAUUAUUGAUGUAAUUACUUGUCAUUAAUAUUUACAAUAUUUCAUAUUAUUAAUAUUAUUACAAUAACUACCGCAUA